GCCCGGCAGGAAGCGAGCCCGGCGGCCGCGUUUUCCUGGGGAAGCGGCGGGCGGGGUGGCGCAGCAGCGGGGCCGGGAAAGCCGCCGCCGCUGCCUCGAUGGGGUAUUGAAAAAUCUCCUCUAGAGUUUUUGGCUGGAUGGACUAACCAUGAAGAGCUUGAAAGCGAAGUUCAGGAAGAGCGAUACCAACGAGUGGAACAAGAAUGAUGACCGGCUGCUGCAGGCUGUGGAGAAUGGCGAUGCCGAGAAGGUGGCCUCUCUGCUGGGCAAGAAGGGGGCCAGUGCCACGAAGCACGACAGCGAGGGCAAGACAGCGUUCCAUCUCGCUGCGACAAAAGGACACGUGGAGUGCCUUAGAGUCAUGGUGACACACGGUGUGGAUGUGACAGCCCAGGACACGGCCGGACACAGUGCUUUGCACCUUGCGGCCAAGAACAGCCACCAUGAGUGCGUCAGGAAGCUCCUUCAGUCUAAAUGUCCAGCCGAAAGUAUUGACAACUCUGGGAAAACAGCGUUACAUUAUGCAGCGGCACAAGGCUGCCUCCAAGCUGUACACGUUCUUUGUGAGCACAAAAGCCCCACAAACCUCAAGGAUUUGGAUGGGAAUAUACCACUGCUCCUUGCAGUACAGAAUGGCCACAGUGAGGUGUGUCGCUUCCUCCUGGAUCAUGGAGCAGAUGUAAAUUCCAGGGACAAGAAUGGAAGGACUGCUCUCAUGCUGGCUUGUGAGAUCGGCAGCUCAAACAUUGUGGAAGCCUUAAUUAAAAAGGGUGCAGACCUAAUCCUUGUGGACUCUCUUGGACACAAUGCCUUACAUUACUCCAAACUCUCAGAAAAUGCAGGAAUUCAAAGCCUUCUAUUAACAAAAAUCUCUCAGGAUGCUGAUUUAAAGACACCAACAAAACCAAAGCAGCAUGAUCAAGUCUCUAAAAUAAGCUCAGAAAGAAGUGGAACUCCAAAAAAACGCAAAGCUCCACCACCUCCUAUCAGUCCUACCCAGUUGAGUGAUGUGUCUUCUCCAAGAUCAAUAACUUCAACACCACUUUCAGGAAAAGAACCAGUAUUUUUUGCUGAACCACCCUUUAAGCAGGCUGAGAUCAGUUCUAUCCGGGAAAACAAAGAUAGACUAAGUGAUAGCACCACAGGUGCUGACAGCUUGUUGGAUAUAAGUUCUGAGGCUGACCAGCAAGAGCUUCUUGUCCUGUUACAAGCAAAAGUUGCUUCUCUUACCUUACACAAUAAAGAAUUACAAGAUAAGUUACAGGCCAAAGCACUGAAGGAGGCAGAAGCAGACCUGAGCUUUGACUCUUACCAUUCCACUCAGACUGACCUGGCCCCGCCCCUGGGCCAAGCGCGGGAGACCUCACCCCCAGAAUCCAAAUCAUCUCCACCUGUCUUAACGCAGUCCUUGAGUAAACCCACAGCCGACGGCGAUGUCAGGAUUCAGCAACUCCAAGAGAUGGUGCAGGACUUACAGAGGAGGUUGGAGAGCUCUGAAGCGGAGAGGCAGCAUCUCCAUGGUGAACUCCACUCCAAAAGGACGGAACUGGUGUGCGUGAACAAUGCAGAGAUUGCAGAGAAUGGCUCCGACCUUAGCCAGAAGCUGAAAGAAACUCAGAGCAAGUAUGAGGAGGCUAUGAAAGAAGUUCUAAGUGUGCAGAAGCAGAUGAAACUAGGGCUCGUCUCCCCCGAGAGCAUGGAUAGCUAUUCCCAGCUCCGUGAGCUGCAGCAGACUGAGGAGGAAAUAGGGGUGCUGAAGCAGGAUCUCCAGAAGGCAUUAGAAGAAAGUGAAAGAAAUAGAGAGAGAGUGAGAGAGUUAGAGGAAAGACUUGUAGAGAGGGAAAAAGGCAUGGCGACUAAGCCGUCUGUCGAAGAAUAUGAAGAAAUGAAAAGCUCCUAUUGCUCUGUGAUUGAGAAUAUGAAUAAGGAGAAAGCAUUUUUGCUUGAGAAAUACCAGGAGGCCCAAGAAGAAAUUAUGAAAUUAAAAGAGACCCUGAAAAGUCAGGCGCCCCAGGAGGCUGGGGAUGACACUGGGGACAUGAAGGAGGCCAUGAAUCGCAUGAUAGAUGAACUCAACAAGCAGGUGAGUGAGCUGUCCCAGCUGUACAAGGAGGCCCAGGCCGAGCUGGAGGAUUACCGGAAGAGGAAAUCGCUGGAGGACGUAACAGCUGAGUAUAUCCAUAAAGCGGAGCACGAGAAGCUGAUGCAGGCGACAAACAUCUCUAGGGCUAAGGCCGAGGAGGCCCUGUCCGAAAUGAAGUCUCAGUACUCGAAAGUGUUGCGUGAGCUGAGCCAGCUCAAGCAGCUGGUAGAUGCGCAGAAGGAGAAUUCUGUGUCCAUCACGGAGCACCUGCAGGUGGUCACCACGCUGCGGGCAGCUGCCAAAGAGAUGGAUGAAAAAAUCAGCAGCCUGAAGGAGCACCUUGCCAGCAAGGAUGCCCUAGUGGCCACGCUGGAGAAACAGCUCGUGGAGGAGAAGGCGGCCAUGACUGACGCCAUGGUGCCCCGGGCCUCCUAUGAGAAGCUCCAGUCGUCUUUAGAAAGUGAAGUGAGUGUGUUGGCAUCGAAAUUAAAGGAGUCUGUCAAGGAGAAAGAGAAGGCCCAUGCAGAGGUUAGCCAGAUUAGAAGCGAGGUCUCCCAAAUGAAAAGGGAAAAGGAAAAUUUUCAGUCUCUCUUGAAAUCCAAAGAGCAAGAAGUGGGCGAACUUCACCAGAAAUUCCAACAUGCCCAGGAAGAGCUUGCAGAGAUGAAGAGAUACUCUGAGAACUCUUCAAAACUGGAGGAGGAUAAAGAUAAGAAGAUAAAUGAGAUGGCAAAGGAGGUCACCAAGCUGAAGGAGGCCCUAAACAGCCUGUCACAGCUCUCCUACUCCACAAGCUCCAGCAAGAGGCCGAGCCAACAGCUCGAAGCUCUGCAGCAGCAGGUCAAGCAGCUACAGAACCAGCUGGCUGAAUGUAAAAAGCAACACCAGGAGGUCAUAUCAGUUUACAGAAUGCAUCUUCUGUACGCUGUGCAGGGCCAAAUGGACGAAGAUGUCCAGAAGGUGCUGAAGCAGAUCCUCACCAUGUGCAAACACCAAUCCCAGAAGAAGUAAAGUGGAUUCUUUGUAGGACAGUAGCCUGAUGGUCCUUCUGUGUUCCAUCUGGAGCUGGUGGUAACCACUGCCGUAGUUCUCGUUCGUGGUGUGCGCUGUGAUCUAGCAUAGCUUAUUCCCUUUCCAGAGGCUUCUUUCUGAGCACCAUUCCAGGAGAAGACUCCUGCUCAGAACUUCACCGCAGCAGAGGUGAAAGGCUUGGUCAUUGGUCAGAUGCUGGAGCUGCCCCUAGCCUGCCCCUGUCCCAUGUGGCUUCAGCACUGCUGGUUCCUAACUCAGGCCAUGCGCAAAGGGAGGGCGCUUUGCUUGCCAGUCCCACAACAUGAUUUAAUAGCGAACCAAACAAUAUGGCCCUGCUUAAUUAAAACCCUGUAUCAUGAAACCCUGUGGAUUUAAAAAAACUCCUAAUUUCACCCCCCUCUGCCUUACAGAUCUCCUCUCUGCUUAGCAAUCCAGUUUGAUGAGCACUAAUACCUACACAGGUUUAAAAACUAAAGCAAGUUGUCUUUGAAAGUUCUUAAGUAAAUCAUUGACAUACUGCAGAUUUUCUAUGCAAACUUGCCUCCUGCUAUUCUCCAUGAAGCUCAGGAAAUCCAAACAUUUGUGUUUCAACCAAGGAUAGUAAACUGUGUGUUUACAGCCAAAAGAAUGCCUCGUAGUUCAUCACCUCAGUUUUUGGAAAGUGUUUUUUUUUUCCCCUUUACAAUAUUUAUAUUGGCCCUUAAAGAUGUUUUCAUACCUAAGGCCCUAAAGUGAAAUUUACAUUAGACUAUAUUAAAACAUUUUUUAGAUAACCAUGCGUAAGACUUUUUAAAAAUAGAACUUUUUCCUCAGUGUUCUCAGCUGUAGCAAAAGGUAGUUAAUUACAUAUUCUAAAUUCAGUAUGAGCUGCCUCCAAUAAUCCUGGACUUUUGCCGAUGUGUCCCUAGGACUGUGGCAUAUGUCUGAAUACAGUCAGUCCUUUUUUACCCUCUGAAUAUGUUCAAAUGCCUCAGCUUGUGCCAGGUCAGUCAAUUAUCUGAAAUGCUGUCUGCAAGCACCCAUAGGGGGAGCUGAUGGUGGGAUGGCGCCUAGCAAAAGUCAUGGGGGAAAUGUCUGUUUACUUUCCUGUUAAAAAUGUUUCAAACUUGCUUGCAAGUUGACCUUGACCUUAUUGAAGGCUGACUACAAAAGUCUCUUAGGGUAUAUAUAGCUGAAGUGCAGGCUGCUCUAACAGGACCCCUGUUUCCCAGGGCUGCCUACAGUGACCCCCCAUUCUCUAGGGCUGCUGGGCUUGGAGGACGCUUGGCUGCAUUGGGUGAUGUGUUCAUCUGUGUUGGAGGAAGACUAGUGCCCGCAAAACAAAAAUGGUUUUCAUGGUGUUACUUUUCUUAAGUUGUGUAUAGUUAGGCAAUUACAAAAAUGCUCCAAAGAAAUGUGAAAGAACUUUUUGUUGUAGCACUUAAGAAAACACUAAACACCACCCUUCCCCUCUGGCCCCCACACAGAAAUGCUGCAGAGUAUAAUGAAACUUGAGACAUUUUGUAGGAUGCCUGACAAAGUGUAGCCUUUUAUCUUGUUUCAGGAUGCAUAUUUAUUACAAGUACUCUGGUUAAAUAUUGAAAAGUUAUAUGCUGUAGUGUAGCAUUUUGCCUUUGUAAUUUACAGAAGACA